AAUCCCUUUGGUAUAUUUUAGGGAAACUACAAGGAUGUGCUGAACAUGAAGGAGAGCAGCCGCCAGCGACUGGAGGCUCUUCGUGAAGCCACAAUCCGGGAGGAAUUGGAGUACAACGACAUCCUGGCUGCUGAAAAACACCAAAAAGCCUACAAGGAUCACAUGAGACAUUACAGGAAUGCCUCCCAAUCCCAUCGUAGCAAGGUGGAGGCAAUACUUGAUGAGAUUCUGUCAGAUGUAGUGGAAGCAGCCGAUAACCUUGAGAACAGGAUAGGAGAGCAUGUUUUUGACCAGUCUAAGCAGGCUAAAGGAGCCUAUGUCGAAGCUGUUGUCCGUGUGGAUGAUGAAGAUGUGGUAAAAGUCCGUCGAGCCAAUGGUAUGAGCCAGGCAAGCCGACAGCAAGGAAUGAGUCAUCUCAUCGAUGCAAGCAACAACCAGUAUGUCCUGGCUAAACCCAAAGACACUACAGUACCUCUGGAAGACCAUCACUUACUUCAGGAUAUCUUGCUGAUGUCUAUCUUGGCCUUUGUGUGUGGCUGGAUGUGUCUGUCUAUUGGUCUGCCCACCAUGUUUGGUUACACCAUGGCUGGCGUCAUUCUGGGAUCAUCUGGACUCAACCUGAUCAAAGCAUUGGUGCAGUUUGAGACUUUGGGCGAGUUUGGUGCUUUCUUUAUUCUGUUCACAGUUGGCUUGGAAUUCUCGCCGGAGAAGAUUAAGAAGGUCUGGCGUAUUGCUGUUUUUGGCAGCAUAUCUAUGACUGUCAUCAUGAUAGCAUUUGGCAUCUUCUUUGGCUACAUUUUGAGCAUUAUCCCCAGUGAGAGUGCCUUUAUUGCGGCUUGUAUGUCCCUCUCCAGCACCCCACUGGUGGUCAAGUUCCUGAGUGUUGGACAUUCCAAAGAUGACAAAGAAAUCAGUAAGAAAGCAAAAGAGGACAAAGCCAUUGCCACAGAUGCCAGCGAGUUUGAGUACAGCUCCACAUUGCUAGGAAUCCUGGUAAUGCAGGAUGUGCAGCUAGGCCUAUUGGUAGCCAUCCUGCCUGCCUUAGCUGGUGUGGACUCGGCCUCAGCUGCCCUCAGUCCUAAACCAGGGAACAAAGAUUUGACCAGUGUGUUGGUAGAGUUCUUCGGCGCGGUUCUCCUCUCAACAAAAGUGAUGCUGGCUGUUGGCGCUGUGGUUUUACUUAGUGUUGCUGUGACUCGCUAUGUGAUGCCAGUUGCCAUGCAAAGGCUUCGAAUGUCCGGCAGUAAAGAAAUGCUAAUCAUGGGCAGUGUGGCUCUGACCUUCAACAUGCUUAUGAUCACAGACCUGUUAGGUGUAUCCAUGGAGUUGGGUUGUUUCCUAGCUGGCGUCAUCCUGAGCUCUUUGGGGCAUGCUACGGCUGAGGAUAUUCGUGGUUUGGUUGAACCUAUACGGGAUUUCUUUGCCGCUCUCUUCUUUGGUGCAAUUGGUCUUCAUGUUUUCCCUUCGUUCGUCUUUUACGAGUUGACUUUUUUGAUGAGCCUGACACUGAUAGUGGUUGCAAUGAAGUUUUUGACGGCCAUCUUUGUUCUCGGCAUCUUUCUACCAAUGAGUAACCAUCAUAUCAAGUGGAUUGUUGCCUCAGGACUUGCCCAGGUCAGCGAGUUCUCCUUUGUCCUUGGCAGCCGAGCAAGACGACUAGGCCUGCUUUCCAGGGAGGUGUACUUAUUGAUUCUGAGUGUAACAACACUGAGUCUCUUGCUGGCCCCAGUGCUGUGGAAGGUGUCGUUAUGGCGAUGCCGGCGCAUCCAACACCGUCCCCCUGUCAUCAGGUGACGCCAAAGAUUCGUUGAUGCCAUGUUCAGACAGUCAUUGACAGUCAAGGAAGUGUAAGAUAUUAGAGACUCAAAAGCUUAUGUGUGUUUUUUAAAGCAAGAUUUGCUAAAUAUACAUGUAGCUCUAUUAUUUUGUCUUUCAAAAAAUGUCAUGCAUAAGAAUAAUUUGUCUAUCUGCAAUAGUAUAGUUGGCUACAUAGCCGGAAGUGGAGGAACAUAAUACCACUUAGUUGUGCAUCUAUGACAGGACUGUGUGAAUUUAAUACAACUUUUGUACAUUGUAUUUAAACUAAUUUUGCAGCUGGUAGUUGAUGGGAAGUUCUCUGCAUGAAUUUAUUGAUGUUAUGUGCUAUAGAUGCAUAUUCACUGUGUUCUGUUUGGCACAUUGUGAAACAUGCUUGUGCAUUGACAUUGGGGAAUCAACAUGUAGCAGGAAAAAUUCAGUCCCUCCACUUAAUUCUUGGAUCUCAUAAUGCAGGGGGCAGGAAAUAGUCUGGAACAGAGGGAAUGCUUACACUUAUUCACAUACCUGUGUCAAGAAUCAUUGCUUGGCAAGUGCUCUGCAAUGACAGUGACACACUUUCACUACUGAGAAGGUACUUUAGCACAGAACCUAGAUAAAGAUACAGAGGUAUGUGAUGCAUUUGUUGAAGCCUGAACUUAUUGUGACAUAAACAAAACUUUGCAUAAUAAUGCAAUUAUUUUUACAAAUUAACUUGUGGAGGGUUUGGAAGUCGACACAUAGACAAAGGUCUGAAGCAAUGUCAUGAAUGUGUAGAAAUUCCAUUAUUGUAUGACUAUGUUUCAGAAAUUGUAAAAGUAUGCUACUAUAUAUGGGGGGGGGGGGAAUGAUAAUCAGAACCCCCCAAGAAACGUGUCCUAAGGGUGAAGAGUGAAGAUUAUAGGGGGUUUAUUUAGGCAAAACUUAUAACAUCUCAUUUAAUUUUAUAUACUACUGCUCUCGUCUAACCCGCAGAGCAGUACUACAAUAUCCCCCUAGAGGGCACUAGCCAUUCACCAAGAUUAUUUUCCCACAUUACCUCGCGGCCCGCCUGGCAUGAUACUUCCUCUUUUCUCUUUAGCGCUACAGAAAAGAGUGUUUUCCAAGACCCCCCAAUAUUUUUUUUGGGGGGGGGGAUGUAAGGUAUUUCUCUCCCC